UACAAGCUCAGAGCCUCGAUAUUUGGCUCGAUGGAAUCCUCGAUUCCCCACGCGAUUUCGAGAAGUAUAUAAUUUUAUCGACGAGGCGACGGAAGGGGAAUCUUUCCGCUAGGGUUUUUGAAGUUCUGGCCCCUUGGUUUCAGAAUACAGAGCUCGGGGAACCGGCAUUGCAGACCCUACGCUCAGCAUUCAAGCUCGCGCUGACAACCACCCUCAUGGGUCUUGUUCCGAGGGUCACUUCUCUCUCGAGUCUCGUGUCUCUCUUUCCACGCCUCUCCCCCGAUUUGUCCCCCGCUCUCCCACCUGGUAACCCGUCACUAAAAGCACCGAAACUCCUCACCCGCCAGCUGAAGGCUAGCAUCUUUGACCUCCAGCUACGAUUGCUUUAUGAUGUCUUCAGCAAUAUCGUAACGUCGAGUCUGAAUGCGGAGGUAGGGCUAGCAGUAGUCCUGCUUGUGGCCACUGUGCUAGAAUCAGUCCGAGAUGCUGGGAGAGCCUUCGCAAAGUAUGUGAGUAAGGUUAAAGAAGAAGUAGUAGUCGAGGAUUGGGAGGUAAGUAAGCAUGAGAAUGAUGUCCAGAGAGUCAUCUUGAUGUCGCUGAGUGAGGUUGUGGGUAGGUGUGCCGGCACACUCCUAAGAAAAAGAAGCGGGUUGGCAGAGAAAUUAAGGCCUCUGUUCAAUGGGAAGGAGAAAGAGUCCGAGGAUUGCAUAUUCGUUUCAGAGAUUCUGAAUUCGGUGCUUUGAAGACGGCUUCCUCAUUUUCUCUUGUUAUUUCUCUUUCUAAAUUGUUGAUACAUAAAAAGUUUGCAGUAGGAGAUAGACCCAGGAUUAUGUACUAGGGAAAAGGAGGAAAGACACUGACUAUCAUACCUAGAGAGGUGAAAAGUGCAGUUAUUUAGAUAGAUUUCUCGGCCCGCGACGGGUAAAGUGCCGGAACAUGGAAAGUUCCCAUAUUAUCCAUAUUUUGUGAUAUGCUCUGCUCAUUAGUACAGAAUUGUUUGUUUUGAUUCUCGCCGUAUGCUGUAUUCAACAUGAAAUUUCCAUCAGGAGCACUGCCUCAAGCGCGUGUUAACCAAUAAUUACGCAUGAGGCGUCCUACCUCUACACCUAUUCAGCCGCCAAGCAAUAUGAACAUGAGUGCCU